GCCCCAGCGAGUCCGGCUAAGCUGAUUCUGCUCCCACCGUCGCCCGCCCACAUCUCCAACUUCAAUGCUGCCCAGCAACAACACUGACCUGACUUUGCACCAGCCUUAAAACUCUCCUUCUCCCCUCCUUCUUCAAGCCACCGAGCUGCAGGUCGGACGCUUCUUCUCAGUCUUCUGUCUCCUGUCAGUGCGAGAAGGGGCUCCUGCUCGGUGGUCUGUCUCUCCAUUGUGCAUUGGGCUCUCCAUCCCCUCCGCCUUGGAGCAUCACUGGCAGACAGACAGACAGACAGACAGUCGGCCACAUACCCACGAGCCCUCGGACCUCUGAGCAGUAUGAUUGCUUAGAAGCGACCGGCAUCAAACUGCCCAAGCCUCAGUUGUCACCGAUCGGCCAGAAUUCCAUCCACCUCCACCGAGAUUUCGACCUCGACGUCCUUGUGCAACCCGACCUUUUCGGACGAGAUCCAAACGAACAGCGCCCUCUUCGGCACUAUUCAGGGACAACCUUCUGGAAGGGUGGUUUGUCAGGAAAUAUAAGAGGUAGCAAUUGAGUCAAGGCCUUGUUAUCCGACAACAUGAUUGAGGCUUCAUCGCCCUUGGCUGCCAUGCAGCCUCCAGCGUUCUUGGGCCACUGCGGUGGUGGUUACAGAGCGGACGCUCCUCCGUCCUUUGCGUCGUUCGCGGCUGCCAAAUCCUUUGCCACGAACAGCUUCAACUUCAGAGAUCUAUCGAUGAAGAAGCCAAAGUCGGACUACUUCAGCCUCAAAUCGGUUCGGGGUUCUUCGCCCACGGCCAGCCUGGCUGCCGACCUUUCGCAAAAUUUCCACAUUGACCAGAGUCCGCAAGUACCAACUCCACGGAGGUCACUCUUUCCCAAUAGCUUGUUUGCACAGGACGGCCAAAGACACCUGACUACGCCUCCUAUACCGUCUUCUUCUCCCGCACCAAACGAUGUAAUGGACAUGGACCUCGAUAUCUCACCUCUGCCGCACAAGAUGCCCUUCUCUACAGUGGCAAUAGAACUUCAGUCACCCACACCAGAUCUGACACCCUCAGAGACCUCGUUGUUGUCGAUACCCUCACCGCCUUGCGGUUCCCCCACCGAGCCAUUCCCGAUCAAUCUCCCUCAAGACAGACGGAAACCAGGAUUCUUGCGACCUACAUUAACCAGAGCUAAGGGCUUCAGUACGGGCAACCUGCCCCAGAGGCCUGCACCCGAAAGUCAGCUACCACCAUUCAAAUUCGGCAAUGGCAACUAUUCGAGCAAACCUGCAACAUCUUCCUCAUUAUCUCUAUCCGAAAUAUUUGCAGACUCGCCAGGCCAGGAGAAAGUGGUCCCAAGGUUGGGUGCACCAGCCUUUGCUCCUCCAAGAUCUCGCCCGAGUCUGGUUGGGUCUGGACAUUCGUCUCGCAAUGGUUCUCCUGUCGGAACCCAUAUGAGAAAAUCUUCAAACCCUCUUGUCAGACCUCGAAAGCAGUUCCGGCGAUCUUUGAGCAUGUUUGAACACCCAGAAGACGUAAUGAAGCAAGAAAAAGAGAGACUCAGCCCUCCACCAUUGCUGCCUUCAAUCAUGGACGUUGAAGCGCCUCAUAUUCCUCAACUACCCCACUUCAACCCCGAAGGUGAAACAGGUUGUCUGCCUAGGAUAACAAAGGAGACAAUGGUCUCAGUCCUAGAUGGUCAUUUCGAUCAUCUGUACGAGAAGCGGGUGAUAAUCGAUUGCCGAUUCGAGUACGAGUACGAUGGCGGCCAUAUUGAAGGCGCUGUCAAUUUCAACGACAAAGAAAAGUUGUCGGCUCAGCUUUUUGACGUCGAGCCAACUCCACGAGCUCUCCUGAUCUUUCACUGUGAAUAUUCUGCUCAUCGAGCACCUCUUAUGGCCAAAUUCAUCCGCAACAAAGACCGGGCUGUUAAUGCUGAUCGCUACCCGGCACUCACAUACCCUGAGGCCUACAUAUUAGAUGGGGGCUAUAGCACGUUUUUCAAAGAUUAUCGAUCACGAUGUUACCCUCAGAACUAUGUCGAAAUGGAUGCAAAAGAACAUAUUCUUGACUGCGAGCGUGGUCUCGGAAAAGUGAAACAACGAUCCAAACUUCUCCGAGCCCAGACCUUCGCCUUUGGCCAACAUUCACCCUCUCUUGACUCCAGCCCCACUGCUAUGGGCAGGAGGAACCUGGACAGCGAUAUGGACAUUGACAUGGGUCUGCAGUAUACCCCUGUUGCUGGACCAAGGCCUGGGGUCGACGCCCUGCGCACUCGCAACCAUCGAAUGCUGUCAUAUUAGCGGUAUUCUCUCUUCAACUUCAGUCGCGUUUUAGCCCGGCGUUGGGAACGGUGUUACCUCAUCUUUCAGAGGUCGUUUUGGGCGUCGGAUGAAUUGAGCUUUGGUCGCAACCUGCUAGCGAUGUUCACUUCUUGAGCUCACGUUGAGCUAUACCCUGGAAUUCCUGUCCGUUCUUUGUGUAUCCAUCAUUGUGCUAUACCAGCGACUCGGCAUAGCUUUGGCAACAGAGACUUGGUUGGAGGAACUCAGCACAUGACAUUUUCCUUUACUGUUUUAAGACGAUCUUCAGCGUUGGAGCUUGGAGACGACGACACAACCAACAGCGGCUUGGUCCAGACAGCUGACCGACCUUUUCCUUCCAAAUUCCCAACACACUUUGUGUGUGAUUGUCAAGUCGCAGAGGGAAUGCUCUCCACGAGCAGAGCACCCUUGCGACGGCUAAAAUGGAACAAAAAUCCAGACCAAUUCAAACCUCCGACCUUUUCACAAUUGUUGAUCUCUCGCUUCAGCAAGCUCUCGCUCUUCUCGCACCAGCUUUCCAGCAAUGUUUUUUUUGGUUGCUGUGCUCUUUCUCCACCUAGCGUAUCUGUGUUGUGUAUAUUGGGUCUCUUUUUUCACCGAUCAAAUACUUGGGCAGGCUAUUUGUGGCUGUCAGGCGUUUGGGCCGGUGGUGAAAGCAUCAAAAGGAACAGGAUGGCACUCGGGCAUCAUCAUUUUCAUCUUCACCAUGCUUAGCAACAGCAUGAGCAAGGCGAUAGAUCAAGGCAGAGUAGCACUUCCUGCAGCACAGAUAGACAGCUUGAAAGGAAUUGAGUACAACAUGAAUACAUUGCGAUCCACAGACUUGACAUGCUUCUCUCUAUCUAUGUUGUCUACCAGUCUAACAAGGCGAACAUCCGUCUGAAAUCAAAAC